UCCCUAUCUACCACACAAUCAGCAUGUACCUUAUCCCUACCCACCACAGACUCAAUGGUAACCUGGUUUACACCAGUCCAAGAUAGGAUGAUGCAUUUCUAACAUAUUGGGACAGGACCCUAGACUCAGUCCAUCCCAAAACCCUACCUACCACGCACUCAAUAAAUGGUACUCUAAAGUCCUGCCAUUGACUGCAUUGUUGUUGUUGUUGCUACGCAAGCAGGACAAAAUGAAUCCACUCAGUUCAGAGAAGGAAACGUUGAUGGAUAAAAUCGAAAAGAGUUUAUGGAAUUUAACUGAGGACAAUUUACGCUACAUGUGUGAACGUUGUGGAAUAGAAGGCUCCGAAGUUAGAGGUAUGAAUCAUCGCUUAUUAAGGCGUAAAAUCAUGGAGGAAAUGUGGGACAAUACGGAGGCAAUGAAAUCAGAGGAGCAGGGAAUGUCUUGGUUACUCCAUCUGAAAGAGGACAUCAGGAGGAUACAGGAGGAUGGUAGCAGUGCACACAUGAGUCCCAGCCAGUCUGAUGAUGAUGAUGAUGAUGAUGAUGAUGUAGACUGCGAUGAAGAAUGCGACAAGGGGGACAGGGAUUGGUUACCUAGCAACAGACUGACAGCAGAGCCCUUGCAUCCCAGCCAAUGUGAUGAUGAAGAAUGGAACGAAGAGGGAGGAGCUAGGUUGCCUAGCAAUGGACUGGAGGUGGAGUCAGCUCCAGAGAGGCACACACCAGAGGAGAGGGAGAGUUGCGACAAGCCUCCACCACCCCCCUCCCCUCUUCCAGAGUCCACAGGUCAUGCCUCUCCUGGCAGGGCCUUAUUGGGCGGUCUGAAGAGGGUGUCUGUGCGGUUGGUCAACUGCAGGAAAACACUGGCGCACAGUGGCCGUAUAAAACACAAGACAACACACACAGGAGAGAAAUCCUACAGCUCGUCUAAUGCUGAACAACACAAAACCCUCUCAGGAGACAGGCCUAGCUCCCAUAUCUGUGAUCACUGUGGGAAGAAUUUUGUCAAAGCUUCCAAUCUGAAAACACACUUACUGUGUCUGUCUGGAGAUAAACCAUACAUGUGCUCUGAAUGCGGAAAGAGAUUCACACAGGCCGGCAAUCUUAAGAGACACCAGAGAACUCAUACUGGGGAGAAACCGUUUGUUUGCCCUCAUUGUGGGAAAGACUACAAUGAUACUGGAAACUUAAAGAAACACAUGAGAUCUCACACUGUUAAACAACACACAGCGACCCCCACAGUGAAACCUUACCUCUGCUCAGAUUGUGGGAAGCAAUUCAUUGGGAAACAAAGCCUUGAAUAUCACCGGGAAGUUUUUCACACAGACCACCCUCACUGCUGUGGUCAAUGUAAGAAGAGCUUCAUAACUGCAGCAAGAUUGGAAUCACACAUAAAAACACGACACCCGCCAAGUGAUCCUCUGAAGAAUCCACACGUGUGCUUGGAAUGUGGAAGGGGAUUCUCUGUGGCUGCCAGUCUUAAAAGACACCUGAGAAUUCAUUCUGAGGAGAAACCGUACGUUUGCCCUCAGUGUGGAAACAGUUACAAUGAUCGUGGAAAUUUAAAGAAACACAUCAGAACGCACACAGAAGAAAAACCUUACCACUGCUUGGUGUGCGGGAUGAAGUUUCGUCAUACAAAAACGUUACAACGGCAUCACCAGGAGAACCACAAGGGGGAGACACUGGGUCCCAUCCGCAGGCAUCAAGACCCUCUUCCAUGCGCCCACUGCGGGGAGAAGUUCUCUACCAAGGCUCUUCUAAAGGAUCACCUACGGACCCACUCUAGCCGGGUCCACUGCUCCCAAUGCGACAAGACCUUCUCCAAUAAAGGUAACUUAAUUGUUCAUCAGAGGAAACACACUGGAGAGAGGCCUUACCUUUGCCCUCAGUGUGGGAAGAGUUUCUCUCUGGCAGGGAGUUUAAAACUUCAUCUCCGGAUUCAUGCGGGUGAGAAGCCUUACCGCUGUACUUACUGUGACAAGAGAUUCACAAGUAAGAGCCACUGCAAUAGCCACAUGCGAAUCCACACUGGAGAGAAGCCGUACCAAUGCCCUGACUGCGGGAGGAGGUUUGCUGACGGGAAUGUCCUGAAAAACCACCAGCGGACCCACACAGGAGAGAAACCGUUCCAGUGCCGCAUGUGCAAUAAAGCCUUUGCCCAGUUGAGCAGUCUGAAGAAACAUCAGGAGACACAUAGUAAUAAUCAUCCUGUGCGAUAAAGCCCAGUUGAGCAGUCUGAAGAAACAUCCGGAGACACAAACUCAGCCUGUCUCUGUCAGGAAUCCCUAUGUACCACACAAUCAGUCCGUCCCAAAUACUUACCAACCACGCCCCUUUGGCCGUCUCCUUUCCAUAUUGGCAGUUCUAGGGAGGGAUUUGGGACCAGGUGACUGAAGUUACCGAAGACAAACAGCUGGAAAUAGAACUCUAUAUAGCCGAACUUCCUCUCAUUGGGGCCAUCGGAAGGCAUUGGAUCAGGCGUGUCUUGAUCUCUGGUUUUAAAGACUUGUCAGCAAUCUUACCACCAUGACCAGUUCAGUCUAAAUGACAAAUGUGGGUCUGCUGUUAGUAUGAAAUCCAGACCCGUUUUGUGUUAACAUUCUCUAUGCCAUGUUUGACAUAUUAGAAUUAGAAAAACUGGUACUGUGUACAAGGAGUGGAAUGUAAGCAUAAGUAGGACUGGUACCCAGGCUAGUAUUUUGUAUGUAUAGCAAAUAAUAUAUUUUCUCUCAAACUGAAAUUAUGCUGCUCGGCUCCCCGUUCAAGUUGAGUUCACGUUUUAGCCUGGGAGUUUUUCUAUUAACAGUUGAUAUUUAAAUAAGUUGUCCGUUUCAAAGGGUGUUUUGAAUAUAUGUCCGAACCCCAACUGAAGUUAAUAAAAAGGGUGACAGCAAUGUGU